UUUGUAACCCGUCUCAUAAGUAAGCUAUAUAAUCCAUAAGCCAUCAUUUGAUUUUCUAUUAGAUCAUUAUCUUAUUGUGAGUCUAUAUCUUUAAAUAAGAUAGGUUCCAUAAUGAUGUUACUGAAAUAUGCCACCAAGAGUCUUCCAACGAUUCAAAAGCAAAUUUAUAGAACUUUAGAAAGUUCUGCAAGUGCUUCUGCCACUGGUGCAACUACUACAACUGUGAAGAUUCCAAAGAAGAGAAGAUCCACUGUAUUUUCCGAUAAACUUAACAAGGGACCUUCCUUUGAAGAUUUUGUCAAUGGUAAGGCUUCUGAUAUGCUUGUAGAUCCACUUGAAGCUGCCAGAACAGAUCCCGAUGUGAGACUUCCUAAAUGGUUGAAAGUGCCCAUCCCUAAGGGAAAAUCAUUUCACAACGUCAAGAAAGAUGUUAAAGAACUCAAAUUGGCCACAGUUUGUGAAGAAGCUAAAUGUCCAAAUAUUGGUGAAUGUUGGGGAGGUAAAAAAUCAGAAGCUACUGCAACCAUUAUGUUAUUGGGAGAUACAUGUACAAGAGGUUGUAGAUUCUGCUCUGUGAAAACUAAUAGAAAACCUGCAGCUCCGGAUCCUAUGGAACCUGAAAACACUGCUGAAGCCAUCUCUAGAUGGGGGUUAGGGUAUGUUGUGCUUACCACAGUGGAUAGAGAUGAUUUAAUUGAUGGUGGUGCUCAUCAUUUGGCUGAAACCGUUCAAAAAAUCAAGGAAAAGGCUCCACAAAUUCUUGUUGAAGUGUUAGGAGGUGAUUUCAGAGGUGAUUUAGACAUGGCUGCAGUAUUGGCUAGAUCUGGUUUGGAUGUUUAUGCUCAUAACAUUGAAACAGUUGAAGAUUUGACCCCACAUGUUCGUGAUAGAAGAGCUACUUAUAGACAGUCAUUAUCUAUUUUGGCCAAGGCUAAAGAAACUAAGCCAUCAUUAGUUACCAAGACUUCAAUGAUGCUUGGAUUUGGUGAAACUGAUGAACAAGUGUUACAAACCUUACGUGAUUUACGUGAAAUUAAGUGUGAUGUUGUUACUUUUGGCCAAUAUAUGCGUCCUACAAAGAGACAUAUGAAGGUUGUCGAGUACAUAACUCCAGAAAAGUUUGACUACUGGAGAGAUAAGGCACUUUCCAUGGGAUUCUUGUACGUUGCAAGUGGACCAUUGGUUCGUUCAUCCUAUAAAGCCGGUGAAGCAUUCAUUGAAAACGUCAUUAAGAAGAGAAGACAUAAUGUUGGUGAAGCUCCACGUUUAGAACAAGAAAUUAGACCUACUCUUUUGUCAUAGAAAAGAUGACCCCU